GGAAGUAAAAGAGGAAGGUCAAGAAUGCAAAGAACUGAAGGAUGAACAUAAGGACCACAAUUAUACGACUCCCAGCUGCUCAGAAACUGAUCAGAAAUCCCCUCAAGAAAGAGUUAAAGCAAAAAAUGUUCUUGAAUGCCAUUAUUGUGGUAAGACUUUCUCAAACAGAGGGCACCUAACAAGUCACCUAAAAACUCACACUGAGGCGCCUCACGCUUGCUCCCACUGUGAGAAGACGUUCAUCCAUAGAAGUAAACUGGUGGAUCACAUGAAGAGUCACACAGGUGAAAAGCCCUUUGCCUGCCCUCAGUGUGAUAAACGUUUCAGUAUUAUAGGAAGACUUAAUGCUCACAUAAAGACUCACAGUACUGAAAGGCCGUACGUCUGCCCUCAAUGUGGAAAGAGUUUCUUAUUUAAAACAAAUCUAAAGAACCACAUACGCAUUCACACUGGCGAGAAACCUUUUAAAUGCCCUCAGUGUGAUAAGAGUUUUAAACAAAGGGGACCUCUUAAGCAUCACAUACGAAUUCAUACAGGUGAGAGACCUUUCUCAUGUGAUGUGUGUGUUAAAAGUUUUAAAACAAAUGAAUAUCUUAAAUAUCACAUGCGAGCUCAUACAGGUGAGAAGCCAUUCUCAUGCGACGUUUGUGGUAAAAGUUUUAAAAAAAAUGAAUAUCUUAAAAAUCACAUUCGAGUUCAUACAGAUGAGAAGCCUUUCUCAUGCGACGUGUGUGGUAAAAGUUUUAAAAUUAAAGAAUAUCUCAAGCAUCACAUGCGAGUUCAUACAGAAGAAAAGCCUUUCUCAUGUGACGUGUGUGGGAAAAGUUUUAAAAUAAAAGAAUAUCUUAGGGAACACAUGCGAGUUCAUAACGCUGAGAAGCCUUUCUCAUGCGACGUGUGUGGUAAAAGUUUUAAAAUGAAAGAAUAUCUUAAGGAUCACAUGCAAAUUCAUACAGCUGAGAGCCCUUUCUCAUGCGACGUGUGUGGUAAAAGUUUUAAAAAAAAAGACUAUCUUAGGGAACACGUGCGAGUUCAUACAGCUGAGACCCCUUUCUCAUGCGACGUGUGUGGUAAAAGAUAUAAGCAAAAAGUAUAUCUUAUGAAUCACAUGCGAAUUCAUACUAGGAAUGUGCAGGUUUGUCAAAUUUUCAUUUUGAGUACUCCUCGAGUCUUAAAGGUGCUCUAAGUGAAUUCGCUUAGAGCUCCUUUAAAAACAAGUUGAUUAAUCGGAAGGCAAGCAUGAGGGGCAAUGCGUACGCAUCAUGGUGAAAAUGUAAAUAUAUAUUUUAAAAUACUUAAACUGAUAUAUCUGUUUCACGUUUCACACUGAUCAUACCUAACCAGGUGUUAAGAGAUAACCCUUGGGUACUCAUAAUCUCAGGUUUUACGCUGUGCAUUCCUAAUGUUUUAUUUGCAUAUUUGCAGUUGCAACAGUCAAGAUUGAAUAAAAAGCAAUGUCAAACUGACUAAAUUAAAAUAGCUGCUGCCACUUUAAAUAACUGCUUGUCUUGCACUUCCGCAUAGGUGACAAACAGCUCGCUUUUUGUGAGCAAGGGCUACCACAUUUUUUACUUGUUGAUUUUAUUUCAUUGAUUUAUUGA